ACGUCGUACGUGUUGGUGUAUUAACUUGAUCACUCCGCCACUUUCUAUCGUCAGAUACUUGUUCAGCUGUGUCUUCACGGAACGGUGUACCGAGCAAAAUGUGCCCACUGUACCCCUUCCACAUGCUGCUGCUGUACGCGGCUGUACUCUUCUCCGCCUGGACCAUUACAGGGGCGGCGCUGGUGAAGGCGCUGUCGUUGCGGCCGCGGUUGGCGGUGAACGGCUCAGCGGUGCCGCAGGUGGCGCUCACUGAGGGCGAGGAGGUGGACGUGGCCUUCCUGCUGGAGGGCCUCCCUCCUGACUACUCCGGCACCCUCCUGCUGCAGGUCGUGACUCCAGACGACAUUGAACACGCCUUCGUGUCGCCCCACUCGUUUAGAGUGGACCAGGACACCACCACUCUAGACCAGCCCCCUCACUUCCCCAUCCCCUCGGGGGACAACAAUGAUACGGGGAGUACAGGGGGGAGGUACCUCACGGGGGAGUUCACCGCCCGUGGGGAGUUCCUCGGGUUCUCGAAACUUAAGUUCGUCCUCAGCGACGGCGGCAACGACAGUGAACUUGUCGAGACUCAAGUUCCGAUCAAGGUGGAGCGAGGCCCACACGUGCUCGACAAGAUCUUCGUGCACGUGGUGGUGCUGCUGGUGGUGAUGGUCUACAUCAACAUGGGCUGCACCAUCGACCUCGACACCAUCAAGCUCACCAUCAGGAGGCCCGUGGCGCCUCUUAUAGGCCUCCUGUCGCAGUACAUCUUCAUGCCUCUUUGUUCGUACGGCCUGGGCUACCUGUUGCUUGGGUCUUCCCCUGCCCUGUGGCUGGGGCUGUUCGUGACGGGUUGUUCCCCAGGGGGAGGGGGGAGUAACAUGUGGACCUACUUGCUAGGUGGGUCACUGGACCUCUCUGUGACCAUGACCUUCGUCAGCACCAUCACUGCCUUCGUCGCCAUGCCCUUGUGGGUGUGGGCACUAGCGCCCACCAUCUUCGUGGGCGGGGAGUUUGACUCACUUUUGAUGUUACCCUCAGGCGGGGAGUUUGACUCACUUUUGAUGUUACCCUCAGGCGGGGAGUUUGACUCACUUUUGAUGAUACCCUCAGGCGGGGACGGUAACUAUGUUACUAAAAAUCAUAAGUUCUUCAAGUGGCACGUUACCUACUACUUUUAUUACUUCAAUGUGGCGGUGUGCGGGUUCUCACUUCCCCUGCUGGGGUUCAUGGCGGGGGCGGCGGCGGCGGUGGCGACCCGGCGGGAAGCGGCGGAGGUGAUCGCCAUCAGCGUCGAGACCGGCCUACAGAAUACAGGCCUAGCCAUAGGCCUACUCAAGAUUUCGCUGUCGUCAUUUUCACCUCUGGGCGACAUAGCCAUGGUGGUGCCCAUAGCGGUGGCUACCCUUACUCCGGUGCCCCUCUUCGCAGCCUACUUCGUCACGCUGUGUCGCAAGAGACGUCUCGGCAAGGGCUACGAUACACACGUCGAGCUCGGCUCUGAGUCGUCAACUCCAACGUCAUAAAACUAAUGACAUUGAAAAAAAGUGCAAAUGACGCUGAAAAAACGUGCAAAUGGCGUUGCAAAAACGUGCAAAUGACAUUGAAAAAAGCGUGCAAUAAGAAUUAUUUUCGACGAAAUAACGU